CUUUGCUCACUGGGUUCGACGCACAUAAAAAUGGUUAAGCAAUUUGCCGAAUCCGCUUUGUUGAAUAGCAAAAAAACUGGCUACGAAGUCGUCUACAAACCCACCACAAACGACCCCGCCGAUAAGGAUUUCCAAUAUCUAAAACCGGAACAAGAAGGGAAGAAAUCGGAUUCUGCGUUCUUAUAUUUCGCUGUGUUUAUAGCCGACCUCUUGGGGUUUGCCGGCGGCGUCGGCCUAUCAUGGACGUCCCCAGUUAUACCGAAACUUCAAAGUUCGGAGAGUCCCCUAAAUGCUCCGAUCAAUGUCUUCCACAUAAGUUUGCUGGGUGCUCUCCUAGCAAUCGGGAAGGCCGUGGGACCGUUCGUAUUUGGGCAUCUGGCCGAUAGGAUCGGCAGAAAGAAGACCUUGAUCGCGAUUUCCGUGCCAAUGUUGAUGGGCAUGGUAAUUUUCGCAUUCGCCACCGACAUCAGAUGGUAUUACCUGGCCAGACUACUGUACGGAAUGGGCAUCGGAGGUUGUUCAUCGAUCCUCUCCGUAUAUAUCGGAGAAAUCACCGAGCAGCACAAUAGAGGCAAGCUGGGAUGCGUCUACACCAUGCUACUCUCGCUGGGCAUCCUUUAUCCGUAUUCGGUGGGACCGUUCCUGAGCGUCAGAAUGUUCUGCCUGUCUUGCCUUAUCCCAAUACUUAUUUUCAUCAUUUUUUUCACCAUAUUCGUACCAGAAUCCCCCCUUUACUAUCUGAAAGUUGGACGCAAAGAAGACGCUGAAAAGGCCCUGAGGGUUUUGCGCAAUAAAUCCGACCAUGAAAUCCAAAGGGAAAUGCUGCACUUCAGGGAGUUUCUGGACACCAAUACGGGACAGAGCGGCUCCUAUUUGGACCUCUUCAAGACCAGAGGUUUGAGGAGGAGUCUCUCGAUCGGGGUUGGUCUGAUGAUAGUUAUUCAAUGUACCGGAGUUGGGGCGGUCACCAGCUACAUGCAGAACAUUUUCAUAGCUUCGGGAAGCUACAUCCCCCCCCAAUACGCUACCAUCAUUGUCGGAUGCGUGAAAUUCCUGAUCGUCUUCGUCACGUCUUACGUGGUGGAAAGGGUUGGCAGAAGAAUGCUUCUGUUUUCGUCCGCGUUGGCCAUUACCGUCCCCACUGGUAUUUUGGGUCUGUAUUUUUUCUUGAAAUCCUGCGGAUUCGAUAUGGAUUGUGUUUCCUGGCUUCCCGUGCUUUGUCUGAUGGUCUACGUGGUCAGUUUCAACUUCGGCCUCGGUCCGGUUAUCUGGAUAAUUAUUGGGGAAAUAUUUCCACCGAACAUGAGGGCGACAGCUUCGGCUUUCGUCAAUGUCGUCUGCUAUGUCGGGUCUUUCCUUGUCAUGUUUUUGUACCCGAUUAUCAGCGAGUAUUUGGGGAUGGCCGCCGCGUUUUGGAUAUUCAGCUGCUGCUGCCUCGCCGGUUCCGUUUUUAUUUACUUCGUGGUGCCGGAAACCAAAGGAAAAUCGCUGGCCGAAAUACAGGUCAUGUUAAGCGAUUAAUAAAAACCUAAAG